ACCAAUCUAAUGUUUAAUGAAUAACCCUGGAUAUAAAUGUCCCCUGACCAAUCUAAUGUUUAAUGAAUAACCCUGGAUAUAAAUGUCCUUUAUUUCUUUAAUUGUAAAGUUAAAUGAAUCAGUGGUUAAGUACUUUUCAAUCUAUCUAUCUAUCUCUCUAUCCAGAAUCACCUAUUUUCAAUUUUCCCCCGAAUGAGUCGACAUUUUUGGGAAAUUGGUUUAGAAUUGAACUUGAUUAGUUUCAUUCAACUAUUCACAUUGUUCACAUUCAACCACCCUGAUCAAUUAAUCAAUAAUCAAAUUUAUUCGAUCAAUCAGAAUCUCUGACAAUACAUCUGAUCAAUUUUCUGGAUCAUGUUAUUCACUAAUAGGUCAAAUAUAAUCAGUCAGUUGUGAUCAAUGAUCAAUAUUUAAUGAGUGAAAAAUGUUUAUUGGACGAGAAUAUAUUUGCUGCUUCACAAUAAUAUCGGGUAUUAGUAUCAAUGGAUCUAUUGUUGAGAAUGACAAGGUUUAUGAUCCCAUGAUUCAGCCAGAAAUACAAGAUUUGGAAACAAUUCAAAGUUUAAAAUCAACCUUACUGCCUUCUUCUAGUCAUGAAAACAGUUUGCCGAGCGAAAUGGGCACGAAUGAAAAACCAUCCGAGCUACAGAACAUCUUUUCUUCAAUUUCAACGGAAGAUGGCAUCUCGGAAAAUAUUUUUAACGAGGAACCGACAUGGAUCAGAUACGAAGACGUUCCUAGCUCCAGAGUUGUUCUAGACAACCCUUCUCUCAGAUAUAUUGACAACAGUAUUAAACCUACUGUUAAAUAUAUUUAUGAUAUUCAACCAUACUUGAGAUUUCCUGAUGGAGUAAACCCGUCCAUGAUGAGUAGAUCUGAUCCAUCCUUUCAAAAUCUAAUAUUAUCUGAAGAUGUUCCGAAGAGCAGCGUGAGUUCUUCCCUGUAUCCUUGUAGAUAUUCAUCUUUAUCCGAAUUAUCUACACCUUCAACAGACCCGAAUGAGUUUGUUGUUGAUUAUGUGAUGUAUGAUUAUGAAAACUAUAAUGAUACAACUCCAACUAUAUACAGGAAAGAUAAAGAAAGUGAUGUCAACAUGAAUAUUUUACAAUAUUUAAGCAGUAACGCGGUGUAUAACUAUAAAGAAGAGAAAAAUGAUAUCAUUGACAGCGAAAAGAAGAAAAUUCAUCACUUGAAAGAAAAAAAUCUGGAAGGUUUAAAUAACAAUCGUAGAAGUGGGAAUUAUAAGGUUAACAUUGUCAGUCAUUUGAUGGACAAUGGGAAUAAAAAGCUGAAAAGUGGGAAUAACAAGUUGGAAAUUGGGGAUAACAAUUUGGAAAGUGGGAAUAACAAACUGGAAAGUAAGACUAGCAAGUUGGAAAGUGGGAAUAACAAGUUGGAAAGUGGGAAUAAAAAAAUGGAAAGUGAGACAAACAAGUGGGAAAGUGGGAAUAACAAGGAAGAAGUUGGAAGUGAUAACUUAGAAGACAGAAAUUACGCGGAAGAAAACUUGAAUAUAUACGAAACCAAUGAUUAUUACAGGAAUGAAAAGAUGAAGCCAAAGUUUGAGCUUGAUACUAACGAUUGGAUUCCAAUUCCUAGACCAAAUUAUGAAACACCUGGAGCCAUCUUUGAUAUUCCUAUUCAUGCCAAUCCUGGAGCCAACUUUAACAGUCCAAAACCUCACAUUCCCGGAGCCAAAUAUAAAACUUCUGGGAAUAAAUUUGAAACUCCUAAGCUCAUCAAUCAAAGGAAUUGA